AUGCCGUCUACGUUUGAUAAGUUUACAUGGGAAAUUUUUCAUACAAUUUUUGAUUAUUUGAAAACAAUCGAUCUUCUCUAUGCAUUCGUUAAAAUAAAUCCAUAUGUGAACACUAUACUUCAUUCGUAUCCUCGUAUUCAACUCAAUUUUAAAUCUAUGAAAAAAUCAACAUUCUAUUUUAUAUGCGAACAUAUUCAUCCUAAUCAAAUACAAUCACUUGUUCUUUCUGAUGAUGAAUAUACACCAGGUCAAAUAAAACUCUUCAUGUCACUUUUACCACUUAUUCAAUUUAAUAAUCUCCAACAUAUUAGUAUUGAUCAGAUUGCCGAUGGGAAUUUACUUUGUUUGAUGUUAUCACAUCUUGAAAAUAAUGUUCGAAUUCACUCAUUAUCAGUCAAUAGCGAAUUAAUUGAUAUAAAUAUAAAAAAUGCUCGUAGUAUUACUGAUAUAUUAACAACUCUGCCUUCUUUAAAAUAUUUGUCAUUCAUUGAUAGUUCACUAUUGAUUACUCUUCGACAACCAUUAUCUAAAGUGACGCAUUUAACUAUUUAUUCCUGCUUGUUCAAUGAUCUACGAAUUAUUUUUCGUUGGAUACCAAAUCUACGUUAUCUUAAAAUAUCCGUACCAUUUCAUGAUGAUAUACUAACAUCUGAUCAUGUUCUACCACAUUUAAGUUCUUUAAUAAUUGAAUCACAAAGUUCGAUGUUAUUUAAUCAACUUGAAAAUUUCCUUUCGUUUACUCCAUCACUCAAACAUCUUACACUGGAAACGAUGGGCGAACAAGCUAUGCUUGAUGGAAGACGAUGGGAGAUGUUAAUUAAAACAAAAUUACCAUAUCUAACAAAAUUUGCAUUGAAUAUAACACCAGAAGAAAAUGAUAUGACUGCCGAUGGUGUGCUUUCACAUUUUCAAAAUUCAUUUUGGACAAUAGAUAAACAUUGGCAAAUGGCCUGUUUAAUUUCCACUAUGACUCAAACAUGCGUGCAACUAUUUUCUGUACCUCAGUUUUCUCCAACUGAUAGUUGGUAUCCACCAGAAGAAGGUUUUAUUAAUCAUUCAUUAAAUCAUUAUUUAUUCCAUGAAGAUUGUACUCAUCUACGAGUGUCUCAUUUUCCAUCUGAGGUUCUCGCUCCAUUAUUCUUCAAACAUAUUCGUAUUUUAUCACUCGAAUGUACCACUGACAAUAUCGAUCAAAUACAAAAAAUUGUCGAUUUGUUUUCUGUCAAACAUCUCAAAUUCGGAUCUUCUGUACGAUGUAGACCAUUUAACGAUCUUUUGAAAUAUGCACCAAACAUUUAUCAACUAACAAUGGAUCGUAAAACAUUGGUGCAAAUUAUUGAUUCGCCUCCAGAUGAUCAAAAGGUAUACGAACAAAUAAAAAAGUUAAAUGUCGAAGAUACCAUACUUAAUAAGGAUAUUGAUCAAAUCUGUCAAAUAUUUCCAAAAUUAGAACAUGUUUCUUUGUCUGUAAAAGAGCGAGAAGAUAUUUUUCCAAUAUUUAAUGGACUUCAUUAUUUGACGAGCGCAAUUGUUAGUUGGACUCAUCCUUUUAAUACUUCUCCGUCGAUCAUUGAUGAAUAUUUAAACCAAAAUAGUAUAUGUACUGAUGGUACAUAUCGCUUUCACGCAUCUUCACUUCAUGUGUGGAUUGAUUGA